CGUCUCCUUCUUGGCGCUCUCCACCUUUCUCAGCCGGCGGCGGGAGGCGCGGCGUGACAUGGAGCGACCAGCAGCCCACGCCUCGCGCCUGGCGCGCGGUGGCGCCUGGCGCGCGGAGGUCCAAGUGGCCGUGCGGCUGGCCGUGGACUGCGGCAAGGCUAUGCGAGAUUGUUUGCAGAAGAAGGUGGUUUGGAAGGAUGACUCCAGCAUCGACCCUGUAACGGCCACGGACAAAGAGAACGAGCAGCGCGUUAUCGCAGGUUUGCGCGCUGCCUUCCCCACGCACGAAAUCAUCGGCGAGGAAUCUGCCGCUGCGCGCGCGCAGCAGCAGCUGCCGCCAGCCACGCUGACGGUGGAGGAUGCACCCACUUGGAUCGUCGAUCCAAUUGAUGGGACCACCAACUUUGUCUACGGUAUCAAGCUGAGUUGCGUGAGCCUGGGAUUCUGCGUGGGUCGGCAGCCGGUGCUUGGAGUGGUCUACGAUCCCUACGCGGAUGAGCUGUUCGUGGCAGCCAAGGGCGAAGGAGCCUAUUUAAACGGAGCUCGUUUGUGCAUUGAUCCGGCCAAAUCAUUGAAGGAAUCCAUGGUUCUCUUCGAGCUUGGCUAUGAGCGCUCACAGGCUGGCCUGGAUCGGAUCCUGAAUGGCCUCAAGGCUCUACUCCUCCAUGGCACGCGGGCCACCCGCACCCUGGGUACUGCCGUGCUCUCCCUGUGCUGGGUGGCCAGUGGCAGGGCCAAUGCUUACUACACAGGCCUGAGUGGCGAAGGUGGCAAGCCUUGGGACUAUGCUGCCGGGACCAUCAUCGCCAUGGAGGCCGGCGCGAAGUUCUGCAAUCUGCAAGGGGGACCCUUUGACAUCGAGGGCCCAAGCUGCCUAUGUGCUUCAAGCAACGAUUUGGCCCAGGAGAUUCUGUCGGUGCUCAAGAGUGUUUGA